AUGGCGGCUGCCUGUUGUGCAUUUGUUUUUGCUCUUACCUGCUGAAGUUGCAUUAGUUUUGGCUUUUAAAAUGUCACAGAGAGGAAGUGGUAGCUCCAGAAGUUCUCAUGCGAGCGAAAAUAAUGGUAACAGUACACUGCGAACGGAACAUGAUAUCACUGAAAAUUUGGAAAAUACAACCGAUGUUGAAUCUUCAACUUUGUUGACAAGCUCGGCUCUUUCGUCCACCCAAGUAGACAGCGAGGUGGAAAACAGGAUAACUAAACAUGAAAUUGAACGCAAACAGCUACUGCACGACUUGGAACUUGUUCGCAUCGAGUUGAGUCAGAAAAACCUCAUAAUCGACAACAUGAAAGUUGAACACUUAAGCAAAGUGGACGAGUUAGAGGAACUUUUAGGCGAUACUCGACAUGAGAAACAGAUUCUUCAGGCAAGACUCGAGUCGCAGCUGAAACUUCAACAAGAGGAAGCUAAGAGUUCUCUCGAACGAACGAGGCUUGAAAUGGCCAAAAUCUUCAAACGACAGCAGCUUUUGGAAAUCGAGAACAAGAAGUUGCAAGAAAAGGCAGUGGACUAUAGAAAAGGGUUGAUUGAUCUUGAACAAUUAUCCGAUGAGCUGUACUUGGAUUUAAAAUCGAAAGACUCAGAAGAACUUUCCUUGAGGGAAUUCGUAAUGAUUAAAGUCUAUGAAGCCCGACAUCCUUUGGCUUUGGAAUGUUCAAGUCUUCGCGAACAGAUAGAAACUUUGACCCAUCAACUUCACACUAAAGAAGAGGAGACUGCAUUUUUUCAAAAGGAGGCUGAAGAUGAACGCAUGGCGCGUGCAGAGACAGAACAAAGGGUGCAAAGACUUAGCCUUCAGCUAGAGAAAUUACAAUCACAAGUCAGUCAAGGAGACUACAAAAUCACAAACUUUGAUCAAAUCAGGAGGAAUCUUAGAGAAGCAAGAGAUAAUGCAUUGGAGUCAAAAGAAGGUGCUCUCAUCAGUCAAAAGGAAAUUGCCUCCAAGUAUGAUCUCCUGCAAUCUGAGUAUCGCCAAUUACAGUUGACAGCUGACAGCAGGCAGUCCGAAUUGCAAAAAGAGAUCAGUGUCAAACAGUUUGAGUUGGAGAGGUUGCAAAUGAUUCUUGAUGAAACGGCCAGCAAUCUUCGUCAAGCAAAACUAGAGGCUGAAAAAUACCAGAGCAAGAGUGAGGUUUUGAAUAAAGAGUACUACACCCUGCAAAACUCCUCCGAAAAACAGCUUGUGGAACUUGAAGCAAAGUGUAAGGAACAGGGAGAUAAGCUGGCAGUUUAUGAAAAACUUGAGCAGGAACUGGAUGAUGUUAUCAUGCAAUCUGCAGAGAUUGAGAAUGAAUCUGAUGCAGAAAGAGUGCUGUUCUCAUAUGGUUAUGGUGCCAAUGUACCCAGUACAGCAAAGAGGAGAAUGCAGCAAAGUGUUCACUUGGCCCGAAGAGUUCUUCAGUUGGAAAGAGCCAACACUUCACUUAGAAAUGAGAUGGAAAGAGAGAAGAAAAAGAAAGACCUACUGGGAAAAGAGCUUUCCAAGGCAACAUCAUUGUUAAAUGAAGCGCAACAGCCAUACAACUAUCUGAUUGAGAGCAUAAGAGCAAGAGAUUCACAGAAUCAAACCCUCACUGAGCAGCUUGCAUUGAUGGAGGAGGAAAUUGGGAAGCUAAAAAUAGAAAAAGAAGAUCUUGUUAAGACCCGCAGUCAGUUAUCUGCUGACUUGGAAAGACUUCUAAACCAACGAGAGGAGAUGGCUGUGAUGAAACAAGCUAUUCUUGGUUUGAAAUCCGCAAGAGGUUCAACUGCACAAGUUACAAGGACGUCUACAGGUGUCCAUGGCCCAGAAUCACGCCUUAGAACUUCUGUGGUGCAAGACAUAUCCAGCUCUGCAUCGCACCAACCAAAACCAACUAUUUUUACAAAAUCUGACCCUCCAACAUGGUAUAGAAAAUUAAAGACUCAGAACCUGACUGGAAGAACCAUACAAGGGUCAAACUGACACCAUUCCUGACCUCUAAAAAUAUUAGUCUGUCUGAUUAUUUAUACAUUGAAAUAAUUAAAUUAAAUAUAGAAAACUCAUCAUCAUCAUCCAUCUUUAUUUAUACACGAAAUCGUAUCAUUUUACAUGGUCUUCUUAGGAAUCGUGUUUAAACUAAACUAAAACACUCUAAGGAACUACUGACCAUAAUAUUAAAAAUACAAAACUUACAUCGUGAAUAAUAAGGAACUAUUAGCUAUAAUGUUAAAAAUACAAAAACUUACAUUGUUGGCAAUAAAAGUUACAGUGGUGUAUCAGAAAAAUCUUUCCCAUGAAAUGAAGUUUUAAAAACAUUUAAACUAGGCAGUAAUUUUCUAAUCUCUGAGGGAAUCCUGUUCCACAGAACAGAUCCUCUGUAGUGUAGGCUCCCUUUUGCAGACUCAGUUCUGGGUCUGGGGACAUAAUAAUUUAACUCAGAAUUUCUAAGAUUGUGUGAAUGUACAUUUGAGGUGUUGGUAAAGAUCUGCCUCAGAUAUGAUAGGGAAAGAUUAUUAUGGAUUUUAUACAUUGUCACAGCCAACUGUUAAGUCUUACUUAUUUCAGCCUUUCCCAGCCAAGUUCAUCCAACAAAACACUUGAGCGAAUGUCAUAAUUAGAAAAGGUGAGAAUUCUAGCAGCCCUAUACUGCAGCUUUUGAAGUUUGUUUGCUAUUCCCUUAUUGACUGAUUACCCCACACGGCACCACAGUAAUUCAAAUAUGGCAUUACCAGUGCAUUGUACAUAUUCACUUUAGUAUCAAGUUGUACAAAAUGACUUACACGCCUUAAAAUAGCAAUACCAGCGGAUAUUUCUUUGAAAUGGUAUGAUUGUGUGGGCGCCAGUUCAAAGAUUCAUCAAUUUGAACUACAAGGCUUUUAUGUUUAAUUACUCUUUCCAAGGGUGUGUUAUUGAUUUUGACUGUGAAGUCACUAUUUAUUUGGGAUAACUUAAAUUGGCUCCCUAUAAGCAUGUUUUUAGUCUUCUUAACAUUCAAAGGUAAUUUGUUUGCUGACAGCCAUGACUGGAUUAAAUUCAUAUCUUAAUUCAUUUUAUGUUCAAGGACACAUGGGUCUUCUCCAGAUGUGGUAAGGGUAGUAUCAUCUGCAUACAUUCUGGGCUUUGAAAACAAAUUACAUGAAGGGAGAUCAUUAAUAUAAAUAGUGAAUAAGAGAGGGGCCAAAAUAGACCCCUGUGGAAUACCACAUGUUAUGUAACAGAAAUCAGAUUGAACUCCAUCAAUGAAUGUUUGUUACUUUCGAUCAGA